GGAAAUAUUUUUUUUUCCAUUUGCUUUGCAGUUUCAUGUGACUGCUCCUGCUGCUCCUUUUCCUUUCCCUCCUGCAGCUUCACUCCUUUACCCUGCCAGCAGGCAUUUGCAGGAGGAAACCUGGGUCUGUCUGAGGACUUCACCCCUCUAUAGUCCUCUGGGGCUGCCUGGGGCUCGGCAUUGCUGGGGGUCGGCGGGGCCCUGGAGAGGGUCCCCAGCAAGGGGCAUCUUGUGCUGCCUCGUGGCUUGAACGCUUCCAAGAAAAUAGAGCUGCCUCCGUUUGGUGGAUUUAUCUUUGUGAUAUUUAUACAUUUUGAAAUCAUAGGCCCUUUGGCUACAGUCCCAGCUCAGGGGCUGUAAACCAGGCAGGAGGACUUAAAGUUCCUUUUAAUUACCCAAUUCCCCUGCUCCCACCAGGUGUAUGGUGCCUGGCCCUGCCAGCGGCUGAGCUGGCUGGGGCAACCUGCAGGCACGCUUUACGCUCACCCGCUCUGCCCACGCCCUGAUGCAGGAAAGCAGAAAGAGCAGCAGCCUUGAACUGCGCUCAGCGAAACCACCGUGCAAGCACGGGGAGCGCGUGCAGCUGCCGCAGGGGCACCAGCGAGCUCUGUGCACGGUGCAGGAGUGAGCCGUCAGCUUCCCCUCGCAGCAGGGAGCAGGGACAGGAUGAGAAAACCCAGCAGAGGAGCUGGUGUUCAGCUGCCUUCGCCGUGUUUCGGCUUGUUUGGGGCAUGCUGGUGUUUGCACGGGCCAGAAGGGCGCUUAUCUGCCUAGGCUGAAAUCAACAUCUCCCUGCUUCUGCGUUCGCCGUGGGGCUCGGGGCAGCCAUGCCGUCUGCUGAGGGGGCAAAAGAGAUCCAGAAAAAUGGCCUCCCUCUCCUAAAAUAGCUGCGGAGCAGCUGCUGGCCUGCCACGCUCUGCUAGCAAACAUUGCAAGGGCCCUGAUUCACCGACAACAGGUUUCCACAGCGGAGGUGGCAAUUAUCUUGCGAUUCCAGCCUGACUGCCAAGCACCGGGGUGUAAUUAGCUCCCAGGAUUUGCAAGCCCAUAUGAUCGGCUUUAUCGUUAGCCACCAGAGCCGUGCGGGGAUUUAAAGGAACGAUGCAGAUAUUUGCAUACCGGCCUGCUGUGACUGGGCUGCCGCCGUUGUCCGACGCCUUACAAAGAAAGACAAGUCCCUCCCCGGAGCUCGGGCACGUCGUUGCCUUGCCGCGGUUGCUGUGCCCCUGCCUUUUUGGGCAGGUCCAGAGACGAAGCAGUCCCAAGAAGACCAGGACAGCUUGCGGACAUUGUUGCUGGGACUCUGGUCCUCACCCUCACCUCGUUUUACUGCCACCCCAGCUCAGCGCUGAAGGCAGCCCUGGUCACCUCUGGUCAGCGCUGCCUGGUGCUUUCCCCUGCAAGCUGUGAUUCCCCGUGCGCAGGCUUCCCCAGCCCUGCCACCGCUGUCUCCCCGCUCUGCUCCUCACCCCGGGGGCCCCGUGUGGUGGUCCCGGUGCACCCAAAGCCGCUCGGUGCAUACUCACGGGGUCUAGGGAAGCCGAGGCAGGGCAGCCCACCAGCCCGCGUCCAUCUGUGCUUCUCCGCGGUCCCUUUGGUUUUUGCCUCCUUCCCUCUCCUGCCACUCUCCAGCGGGCAGAAAUAGCCCUAAAACAAGUGCUGCCUUCCGGGUAGAGAUGCCAGGGGCUGCACAGCCCCGGCUCCCCAGGCACAGCCCGCUCUCAGGGACCCCGCUGUCACCGGUGUCCCUGGGGCAUCCAGCGCAGCGUGGUGCCGGGACAGGGUCCGGUAGCAGCCGGCGAGGAACAUCUCCUCUCAUCCACCAAGAUAAUAAAUUCUGCCUCGGAGUUUCUCACCUGGCAACAGUCACCAAGGAAACCCGGACGGCUCCCGUUGGGUCCCCGUUGGCACUGCCCGGGGUGUCCCCGAGCCGCGGGGCGUGCAGGGAGAGGGGACGCGCGUGUCGCUCUGCCACCCAAGGCGCCGGGCGCGCAGGCGGGCACCCUGCCAGCCGCCCGCUCUGUAACAUGAGCCCCGGCGCUCCGAGCCAAGUCCCGGGCGGGAGCAAACCGCCCAUCGACGAGGGCUUGGCCCUCUCUCGUCUUUCUAGAGCUGAGUGCAGGUUUCGCUGUUUUGGGGGGUGUUUUUUUGAGGUUUUCCUGGCUGUGGGCGCGUCAGGAGGGGUGGUUUUGUUGCUGCUUGGGGGUUUUCCCAGUCCUUAGAGAGCCAGGAAUUUCGGACAUGGGCAUUACAACAGCAGACCUCUCAAAAUCUGCUGGGGCAGGGAGGGAGACCCGCUCUGCUGUCCCUCGGGAGGCUGUGCAGCUGUCUGCCACACUGCACUCCUCUAUUUAUAGCACCCGUGGUCGUGCCUCUUCCUGCCACCUGGCCCGGCUGUCACCUGGCAAGUGCCAUCCCCAGGCACCGAGAGGCGCUGCCCUCCAGCGUGCCCGUGCGCUACGGCUGCAGCUAGUUCUGCAAAAGGCUUCCCAGCCCCGUGCUGCCUGCAAAAGCUGGCACUGCCCCUGGUACCGGUGAGGCCAUUGGCACAGGAGCAGCAGGGAAAGGCUGGGGCCGGGGGACACGGUCACCGCUGGGCCCUGGGAAGUGGAGCAGGGCAGUGGCAGAGGUGCUGACCCACCCUGCAGCACCUCCGUGUAGGAGGAUGAUGAGCACAAGCGGGAGGCAAGGAAGCUGUGGACGUCAGGAGGCAGGUUUUUACUGGCGUGCAGAAAUGAGACUAAUGCUCAGCUAAUGUUUGUGACAGCCCUGCAGUGCCCUGGGUGCUGCCCGGUCACCUCUCCCUCUGCCAGGCUAACGCAGCUAGGCUGCCCCAUACAUGGGGCGCACGGACUCACCCCAAACAGUGCGGCUGUUGUGUCUGGCCAUGAGAUGGGUGUGGAAACUUCCUCGGUCAAUCAUUAACCUGGUGCAGCUCCCUGCUCACUACAGCGCUCCCAGGCAGCUCGCCUUGUGCCCCAGCGUGUGGGUGCUGCGGGAUGCCCGGCACUGCCUCUGCAACCCAGCUCACUGCUGCCAGCUGCUGUAUGGCACGGACUGUUGGGACCCCGUCCGCAGCCUGUGGGAGCUUCCCGGUGUGCUUUUCACCAGGUCCGGCGUCCUCGUCCCUCUGGACCCUGCGCUCCACACCAAAAGUCCCUGUGGCUCGGCCAUCCCCUCGGGGCCUCUCCUCGGCUCCAGAGAAGGCAGCCUCAGCUGCAGGGAAGCAACAGGAAACCCGAAGAGCCUCAUAAGAGCUUUGGGGCUGCAGAUCAAGGAGCUGGUGCUUUUUGCUGGCUCCGUUCCUCGUCCUACUGUCACCACUUCCCAGCCCUGUGCCACCCUCAGCCAGACCCUCCUCUGCUUCAGAGCCUUGCAGCUGGCCUGGGCGAGGCAUCUGUGCCUGGGGGCCGUGGGGCCAGGACUGCCUCCUGGGGGCCCUGCUCAGGAGCUGUGUGUGUGCAGAAUGGCCCAGUGCCUUCGGCAGAGUCCGAGAAACUCUUGGGUAUUUCUCAGGGUCCCCACCAGCUCCCUGCUCCCAGCCAGGCGCUGCUCAGCUGGGCUUUGUUUCUGUUCCAAAAGCCACAUCUGCUGCUGGAGGUGCCGAGAGGAGCAGCCCCGCAGGGACUGCGGCACUGCGUUUCCCAGCGGCCACCGGCCUGGGCUGACCCACCGGGAUUAGGGAGACUGCAAGGAGUAAAUCGUGUAAAUCCAGAUUAGAUUUAAGCAGCUGCUACGCAGAGGAGAUGCGAGCAGGAGCCGUGCAGGAGAGCAAGCAGGUGCCAAAGAGAGGCCGACCCCUCGGCGGGGGCUGCAGGGCAUGUUCCAGCUCUUCUCCCACUGCUGGUCCUGGCUGCAGGCCAUACAGGAGCCCAUCAGGAAGGUGACCCUCCUCGUCGUGGGGCUGGACAACGCGGGGAAGAGCUCUGUCAUCAUGGACAUAGGGAGAGCCCUGGCCUGCGAGGUGCUGCCCACGGCACAGCCCGGCCAGACCCGCCUGCGGGUGGACAGGUUCGAGGUGACGCUGGUGGACCUGCCCGGGGGCCAGCGCUUCGCCUGGCGCAGCCACUACGGCACGGCCCACGGGCUCCUCUUCGUGCUGGACUCCAGUGACCUGGCGCGGAUGGAGGAGGCCCGCAAGGCUCUGAGCCGCGUCCUGAGUCACCCUGAUGUCUCUGGAAAGCCCCUCUUACUGCUGGCGAACAAGCAGGACGUGGCGGCCGCCCUGCUGCCCUGCGAGCUGAUUGAGCGCCUGGCGCUGGAGCGGCUGGUCAACGAGAACCGCUCGCCCUGCCGCAUCGAGCCGUGUGCGGCCGCCGGCCCGGCCCGCAGCACCCUGCAGGGGCUGCGCUGGCUCCUGCGUGCCGCUGCCGAGCGGUCCCCGCUGCUCCCUGCCACCCGCUCCCGAUGGCCGACCCCAGCCCCCGGACAGCCCGCGGCCGCCUGCCCGCCCGCAGGAACCCCCCGGCCCGAGGGAGGACGACCAGGACGGCGUGGGGAAGAUGGGGGAGCACCGGGCCACCCGCCACCUCCUCCCCCAGGAGGAGAGCGCAAAGGGUCCCGGAGGAGGAAGAGGAAGGUGAAGGUGAGGAAGAAGGGCCCGGGGCAGCCGAGCCUGGCCGAGGAACCGGACAGAGCAGGAGGGGGGGUGACAGCCGAGCCAGCUCUGCUGUGGGGCUGCUGGCCCCCAACAGGGUCGGGCAGGAGGAGCCUCUGCCCCCCGGAUGGCUGCCCCCCACCCAGCACAGGGCAUGAAAAAGAAAAGAAGAAGAAAUUAAGAAUAAUCAAAGUCGCAGGAGCCUGCCGCGGAGCAGCAGCGGGAGGAGGUCUCGAGCACCUUUGACUUGUACCGCCGGGCGAUGCUGGCUCUCAAGAUGCGGCAGGAGCAGAGGAAGCAGCCGUCUGCCAUCGCCCCCUGAGCGGGUGCAAGCUCCCAAGGACCCCGGGCUGUGUCGCAGUGGCUCUGGGACCUGCGGCUUGUGCAGAGCUCCUGGGGUGCUUGGCCAGGGCUGGCAGUCCUGGGCAGUGGGUCCUAGGCAGGAACAGCAGCGUUUCUGUCCUCUGCGUGACUUGAAAAUCAGGAUCUGCAGGAACGAGCCAAAAGUCCUUUUGUAAAAAGCCUCUCUGGCAGCCAGGCUGCAAACCCUCCUGAAAAGGUCAGGCACUUUCUGACCCUGCGUUAAUAUUCUGUGUAGGACUUGCUCUGAACACGACCGAGUCUGUAGAAGAGAGAAGAUCAGAGCGAAUAUCCCAAAGGGAAAGCCCGUCUCUGAAUUGGACACAUGCCCAGGCAAAGCUGUCAGCACAGGUCGGGGGCUAACUCGGCCACUCGUUCAGCCCCUGCCUGCUGCCUGGGCGAGUUGUUUCCUGCUGGUGAGGCCAGGAAGGCCGUCCAGGUGUGCCUUCCAUCCCCAGCCACAACCAGCAGCACAGCAUCAGGAGCCUCCCCGCCUGGUGGAAGCUGGGGAUGCCCGUGUCGUUUCUAAACCCUCCUGCGUCGCUGACAGCCGCGAUGCAGGGCGGUUCCAGAGCUGUGCUCAGCUCGGGGCUGAACCAGGACACGGAGCAGCACCUGCGUGCCACACAACCCGCCUGGGCAGAGCUGCGCUCUCACCGGGACUUCGAUGUGCCGGAGCACCGUGCUGCCCUGCUCCGGCAGCCCCGGGGCUGGCACGUGUGCGAGGAAACGGCUGCCAGAGCUGGGAGCACCGCACAUGAAGUCGCGGGUGCAACAGUUUUCCCUCCAUGGCCGCAACAAUGUGAGGACUUGAACUGUGCUCAGAAACUGAGCCGUGAGUCACCGCCGCUUCCCUGGUUGCUGGUUGACAGGCCAUGCCUUCCAGGUCCAGGGCAAGAGAUAUCGCUACAGCCCUUCCUUCAGUUGGGCUAAAAAGGGGAAAAGAAGAAAAACUCGGACUAUUCUGCCUUGCUAGUGUGCUGUAAAGCUUUGUUUAACUCUGUUAGAUUCAAUUGCCAGUGACUACAGCGACUAAGUGCAGCAGCAAAUUAACACCGGCGUGUAAAUACAGCCCUUGCAGUACA